GAGAGUGGACGCGAGAAGGCUGCAAUCGAGAUUACCCAUGUGUUCCUAGCGCCGUGUGUGCGAAAGUAUUUUACCACUUAGCCCUCAAAAUCGUACACUUUUUAUACAGUCGUACGUUUUCCACAAACAUAAAAUACAUUUAUAGACAUCACAAAAUAAUGUAGUUCUAAUUAUCUGCAGUUUAAUCAGCAAAGUCCAUAGGGCAGCCAAUCCAGUCGGACGACAUUUGGUAAACACCCGGGAUUCCGGGGACGUUUGUAGCGGCUUGAAGAACGAACAGUGGUAAAAUGCCACAGAAAGAUCCUUGUCAGAAGCAAGCAUGCGCAAUUCAGAAGUGUUUACAAGCAAACAAGUACAUAGAGAGCAGGUGCGAGGAUGUAAUAAGAGCUAUGCGUAUGUGCUGUGAGCACGCAGGCGAGAACUCCAUCUGCUGCUCAGGGUUCUCUAGGGAACGGAAGUCUACAGAGCCUAAAAUUCCUGCAGGAUCAGAUGGUGAUAGGGGUCUCAGCAGGGUCUGGCAGCCAGGGAAGACCAGUCUGUGAUGGAGCAGAGGUGAAUUUUUGCAGAUGCAACACUAUUUUCUCUGUGCCGCAAACACUGUAAAGCAAGAAGCUUCAAAGAUUGAAACUAUUUUAAGUCCGUCUGACAAACCAAUAAAGCUGAUUUCCAAACUGUA